UUCUGCUCAUUUUAUUCUUAUUCUGCCUAUGUUACUCCUGAAGGUAUUCCAGAUUUCAGUCUUCGGGUGGCCCUGCAAACUCUGUUGAAAGAAUAUUGUGAAGUCUCUAAGUCUCCCAAAGAGAACAAGGUCAGCAGUUUUCUGCAGGCUUCUAAAGGUCGUCCCCGGAGGAAAGCCAGGAAGUACCUUUAUGCAGUAGGUGGGUACACCCGACUGCAAGGAGGACGCUGGAGUGACAGCAGAGCCCUCAGCUGUGUGGAGCGAUUUGACACCUUCAGCCACUACUGGACCACGGUGUCCUCUCUCCACCAGGCCCGGAGCGGGCUGGGGGUGGCUGUGGUGGGAGGAAUGGUCUAUGCCAUUGGAGGUGAGGACAACUCAAUGAUUUUUGACUGUACUGAAUGUUAUGAUCCUGUUACUAAGCAAUGGACGACUGUGGCUUCCAUGAACCAUCCCCGUUGUGCACUAGGAGUGUGCACAUGCUAUGGUGCUAUCUAUGCUUUGGGAGGCUGGAUUGGAGCAGAGAUUGGCAACACAAUAGAAAGAUUUGAUCCUGAAGAGAAUAGCUGGGAUGUGGUGGGAAGCAUGGCUAAGCCCCGUUACUGCUUUGGGUGUUGUGAAAUGCAAGGUUUGAUUUAUGUCAUUGGUGGUAUCAGCAGUGAAGGAGUAGAGCUGCGUUCUGUUGAAGUCUACGACCCCAUCUCUAAACGUUGGUCUGAGCUCGCUCCAAUGGGCACCCGAAGAGCCUAUCUUGGUGUAGCUGCUCUCAACGAUUGUAUCUAUGCUGUGGGAGGCUGGAAUGAAUCCCAGGAUGCACUUGCUAGUGUAGAAAGAUACUCAUUUGAAGAGGAAAAGUGGGUUGAAGUUGCAUCGAUGAAGAUCCCAAGAGCUGGUGUCUGUGUUGUGGCUGUGAAUGGACUUCUCUAUGCCUCAGGAGGCCGAGCUCCCAGUCCUGAUUUUGCUGCUCCAGUAACCUCUGACUCUGUUGAAGUUUAUAACCCUCACAUGGACAGUUGGACUGAAAUUGCCAACAUGAUUACCAGCCGCUGCGAAGGAGGCGUAGCUGUGCUGUAAAACACAAAGAAGAAAGCUCAUUCAAGGAAUGAGUAAAUUAUGUCUCCUCAGAUUUCCUGUUUCAUUGGCCAGAAACCUCUUUUAACACAGGAGCUUCAGUGGAGAAUUAGAUCAGAGGGAUUUUCCUGAGCAAAAGGAAAAGCCCUUCAAAGUAAAUUGGCUUAUCCAGUGUGUGUCUCAGGAAGUAUUCUGUUAAGAGUAGGAAUGCCUCUUAUAACUGGAUUAAGCUCACUGAAAUAAAUGGUGAAUUUGCCCUGUAAAAAUCUGAAGAAAUAAUUCCAAUGCAUUAGAGACAUUAAUCACGUUGUUACUAAGCUGGCACUUUAGCCAGACUUGCAAUCUGGAAGUGAGUUACUUUCAACAGCAAGGAGUUACCUGUAGGUAAGAUCAGAUGGGCGUUUUGGGCAUUAGUUCUUUUUCUGGCAGAAAACAAGGAAGAGAAGAUACAGCAGGAAAGACUUGGUGCCUCUACUUAUGACCUUGAUGCAUUUAAGCCUCUUUUCUGUUGCUGGACAUGGUGGGCAUUAAAUAUGAAUCGGAUCUUUACUUUCUGGCUACUUCACAAAUUUGAAUGGUGAGUGGAUGAGCAUUUCUUAUUCUGGAAGGGUGCCCUCACAGUUCUAAUAAUGCUGUUCCCCUUCAGUGCUGGCUUUUCUUCUCAGUGGUGUCAGUGAUGCCAAUGGAGCUCCAUUUUGUGUAAGUUCUGGUGAAUUUUAAAUGCAAAUGCUAUUCAUUAGAUUGGCUGUUCUGUUUAGCACUGCUCUUAGUAUAAAAACACAGGGAAAGGCUUUUGCCCCCAUAUUUUUUUUUCCCCAGAGUCAAAUGUGUUUUUACCCUGUGUGAUACAUGCUGAGACUUGGCACUGGAUACUUGCUGUUCUACAAAGCACACUCCUUCACCUUCACUACAUCUUGUAUCCUGCCUCAUCCAAAUGUGAGCCAAUGGAGCUUUUUGUGGUAGAAUUAGCUGCAUUUAGCAUUGAAGUGAUGAUAUCAGUGUGCUCUUAAGGAAUUUGUAUUUAGCUCAGAUACACUUGGUAAAACAAUACUACAAAGAGUUUGGAGUUAUUUCUAGACUCAAUUAACAUAUUUGAAAUUGCUUUUUGCACACUGUGGCUGUAUUUUCAGCACAGCUGUGGAUGAUAUGGAUGGAGUCUGAAGUGAGGCUGCAUGAAUUUUGAUAGACAGUGUUAUUCUGGAACACAAAAACCACAACUGGAAUGUCACAAAACAGGAAGCCUGACACCAUGUAGACAAAGGAGCUGUUUAGGUCACUAUUCCUUGUGUUAAAUUAACAAAGUAAUACAUGAAUAAAUCCUCCAAGGUCAGUGUUGCAGGUACCUUAAUAAUCUAGGUACUAAACUUUGACAUAGGUUUGGGCUAAAACAGGCUAGAUGAUGGAGAGUUUCUCUGAUUGUCCCAUAAUCUUGUGUGUGUUUUUACUUCAAAGAAUUUCUUAUGUGUCUGAAUUAAUGGUUUGAUUUUUUCCAAGUAUAAGCUUGUUUAAACUGUUUUUCAUAAUAAAAUGCAUUUUCAGAACUGA